CAACAGCAGUUGGUUGUCGUGAUUUGCACGUGUUUACAUAUAUUGUUUUUCUAACUUUUAUUAAUUUGCUCAAAAUGGCUUUUGGACGUCCUCGUGGAGGUAGUGGCAAAGGCUUUCGCGGAUCUGGAGGUGGUGGAGGGCGAGGAGGUGGUGCUUUCAACAGAUCUGCAGGUGGAGGAUUCGGCAGGGGCGGCUCUCGUGGUGGUCGUGGGACUUUUGAUCAGGGCCCACCCGAACGUGUUAUUGCCUUGGGAAACCUCAGUUAUAUAUGCCAGAAUGAUAUAGUUUGUAAAGUAGAUAUAGACGAUGUACCAUAUUUCAAUGCACCAAUAUUUCUGGAAAACAAGGAGCAGAUCGGAAAAAUUGACGAAAUUUUCGGAACAGUUCGUGACUACUCUGUUUCCAUAAAGCUGUCUGAUAAUAUAUAUGCAAAUAGUUUUAAGCCGAAUCAAACAUUGUUCAUUGACCCCGGAAAGCUGCUGCCGAUUGCAAGAUUUCUGCCAAAGCCACCACAGACAAAAGGUCAAAAAAAGAGAGGCGGUCUUAGUGGUGGUGCACGAGGUGGACGUGGAGCAGCCAUGGGAAAUCGUGGAGGACGUGGCGCCGGUGGAUUUAGAGGUAGUUCAAUUCGUGGAGGCGGAUUUAAUAAAGGACGUGGUGGAGCAGGCGGAGGACGUGGGCGUUGGUAAUAAAAAAUCAAAUGUUUAAUAAAAUAAUAUAAAAGUCGAGAUUUGGUUGA